CUACUUUCACAUUGAAAAUAAUCGUUUUAAAAAUGUUCAAGGUGGCAGGCAAAAUUUCCAGCCGUCUGGACAGUCGUCUUCUGUUGCGCUGCUCCUCCGCUCAGCCUCUGGCGCCAUGUGUCGAAGAAACUGUGGAAAGCCAGAGCCAACCAUUGAACAAUGCAUCCCCCCAGGAGCUGAAUCUUGGCGACGAGUACCGUGUGGUGUAUCUGCCGAAGGACUUCAAGUUGCAUCGCCUCAAUGCAGGACCCGCGCGUGCGGUGGCCAUCAUGAAGUCGCAGGCCAGGGAGUACUACCGCCAGCUGUUGACAGUGCGGCUGCUGGAAUCGGCUGCCUCGAGGCUGUACAAGGAGCAGCUGGUGCGCGGCUUCUGCCACCUCUACAUGGGGCAGGAGGCUUGUGCCGUGGGCAUACGAGCGGCUAUGCGAAGCAACGAUAAGCUCAUCACCGGCUAUCGUGUCCAUGGCUGGGCCUACAUGAUGGGUGUGUCCGCUCGCGGAGUGCUGGGGGAGCUGACGGGUCGUCGAAGUGGCUGUUCCGGCGGCAAGGGCGGCUCCAUGCACAUGUACGGACGGAACUUCUAUGGCGGCACCGGGAUUGUCGGCGAUCAGGUGCCUCUGGGCGCUGGCGUGGCACUCACGAGCAAGUAUCUGCAGGAUGGCGGCGUCUGCCUGGCGCUAUACGGCGAUGGUGCCGCGAAUCAGGGCCAGGUCUUUGAGUGCUUCAACAUGGCGCUGCUGUGGAAGCUGCCAAUGAUCUUCGUCUGCGAGAACAACAACUAUGGCAUGGGCACGAGCUCGCAGCGGGCUGCCGCGAACGUGAAUUAUUACACGCGCGGCGAUCUGAUGCCAGGAAUCUGGGUGAAUGGCCAGGAUGUGCUGGCCGUGCGCAGUGCCACGGAGUUUGCCAUCAAACAUGCCCAGCAAGAAGGUCCAAUAAUCCUGGAGCUGUGCACGUAUCGUUAUGGCGGACACUCAAUGUCCGAUCCGGGCACCAGUUACCGCACACGCGAGGAGAUCCAAAAGGUGCGCCAGCAACACGAUCCAAUCCAGGGCUUUGGUGCGCUCUGCCUGGAACAGCAGAUACUCACGGCGGACGAGCUGCAAGAGAUCAGUCAGAUGGCGCGUCUGGAGAUGGAGGUGGCCACACGUGCGGCACGCAAGGAUGGCGAACCGCCGCUCUCGCAUCUCUGGAGCGAUGUCUACUCGGGCGUCUACGAGGGGAAGCUGAGCGGUGUCCACCCUGGAAUUGAAGCAUGAGAAAA